AUGGCUCUAAGAAAUAAUAUAAAUUUGUAUAUUAAUGAUUCCACUAACUAUGGUGCAAUUUUAGAAUCGAGACAGGGAAUUCUAUUAUUUCAAAAUGAUUCUAUUUUUGAAAUAGAUGAAUACUUUUUAAAAACCCUGAAACCUCAAUAUUCAAAAUUUUAUGAAGGCUAUAGUUGCUUGGGAUUAAUAACAUUAUCGUUUGGUAGUAAUUUAGCCCAAUUCAUAAUACUGGUUAAUAAUUGUUCUUCCAUUGGUAAAAUAUUAGACAACGAGAUUUAUAAAAUACUCUCCACAAAUUUUAUUUGUAUUAAUUCAAAUUUGCAAUUUGAAGAAGAGUACAAUGGAAUAUCAGAAAUCAAAAAAUUUUUGAAUUCUGGGUGUUUUUAUUUUUCAUUUAAUAUUAAAUCCAAACCAUUUGACCUGACAUUAUCUGCAGAGAGUAUAAAGCAAAACUUAAAUACAGAUGAUAGAUUUUUUUGGAACAAAAUACCAUAUAGUUAUCUAUUGCAAAAUGGUAUAAACAAUGGUUAUAAGUGGUUUACCCCUAUUAUAUGUGGUUCAAUUGAUAUUAAAACUUGUUAUGCCGGUAAUAAUAAAGCCAAAUUAUGCCUUAUUUCAAGGUUUAGCUGUGAAAGGGCAGGGACAAGGUUUAAUGUUAGAGGCAUAGAUGACAAUGGAUUUGUAGCAAAUUUUGUAGAAACAGAACAAGUCAUAUAUUUAGACGAUGAAAUAGUUAGCUCAUUUGUUCAAAUUAGAGGAUCAGUUCCUCUUUUCUGGGAACAAACUGGGAUUCAAGUGGGCGCUCACAAAAUCCAAUUAUCAAGAGGAUUUGAAGCGUCUCGUCCCGCUUAUGAAAGGCACAUGCAUUUAAUAAAAACUUUAUACCAAAACAUAAUAAUACUCAAUUUAUUGGGCAAUAAAGAAGGGGAAAAAUUACUCAGUGAAACCUACCAGCAUCUUCACAAAAUAUCUUCUUUCCACGAUAUUAUUCCGAUGGUCCAAUUCGAUUACCACGCCAAUUGUCGCAACAUUAAAAAUGCGGCCCAAAAUUUGUCAAAUUUAUGGGAACAAAAUCUAUUACCCUCCCUCAUAAAACUCAAAAAUUCUCAUUCUAGUGAUUAUAAAGGAAUGUUUUUCCUGAGUCACGGUACCAGUGAAGGGACCAGUAAAGCAAAUAGCUUCGAUCAAAAUGUUGUUUUCAGAUCAAAUUGUGUAGAUUGUAUUGAUAGAACGAAUGCCACUCAAACCUAUAUUGCCAGAAAAAUAUUGAUUUUCCAAAUGUUAGUUCUGGGUCUUAACGAAAAACAACUAUUUACUCGAUUUGAUGAGAUAUUUAGGAGUAUGUGGGUCGCGAACGGUGAUAAACUCAGCAAUAUAUACGCCGGGACUAAUGCUCUAGAAUGUAAAGGAAAGCUUAAAGAGGGGGCACUAUCCGUCUCGAGAACUAUUCAAAGCAACUUUCUCGAUGAUUCUAGACAAUUAGCUAUCGAUCUGUUGCUCCUAAACUCUUCCAAAACACAUUAUUUGGAUUACGUGCAAACCAUAUUUCCUGUCGGCAUUAAUUGGGUGUCCUCUGAACUGAUUGAGACACUUUAUUAUUGGUAUCGAGAGAUAACGGAGCCUUUUACUCUCCGCUUAUUCUUAGGCACCUGGAAUGUCAAUGGCGGUAAAUGUCUUACCUCCACGGAUUCCGAAAAUUUAAGUGAGUGGCUGACGGCUCCUAUCUACAAAAUUAGUUUUAAAAGUUCGCCUAUUAAAGAUUGUGAUGAUAUGGUCCCCGAUGUGUAUAUUAUUGGUUUUCAGGAAAUUAUCGAUUUAAAUGCCAAAAAUAUUGCUAUUUCAAACGUGGAAAAUCAAAGAUAUUGGGAAACCGAAAUACACAACAUUCUAAAACUUAAAGGAAAAUUUGUGUCAGUUAUAAGCGCUCAGUUGGUUGGAGUCUGCGUUUUUUUAUUCGUUAAUCAUCCCCUUGUUCAUUAUAUCAAAGACAUAUCAGUCACCAAAGUUAAAACAGGGUUAGGUGGCACCGCCGGCAAUAAAGGAGGCAUUUGUGUUCGGUUUACUUGCGGAUCUGAAUCAUAUAGUUUUGUUUGCGCUCAUUUGGCUGCAGGUCAGAGCCAGGUACGGGAGAGGAACUCUGAUUUUGCCGAUAUUAGCUCAAAAAUUCAUCCUAUUGUGAAUAACACUGACUACCUGUUUUGGUUUGGAGAUUUUAAUUAUAGAAUCGAUAUGCCGAUUGAUAAUGUUAAGGAUUAUAUUAAAGAAAAGAAAUGGGACCACCUUACCUCGGCUGAGCAGUUGACACUCCAGAGACAUCAUAAACACGCAUUUCAAGACUUCAAAGAGGGUUUCCUUACAUUCGCUCCUACUUAUAAAUACGAUCUCUUUUCCCAACACUACGAUACUUCCGAUAAAAGUCGGAUUCCGGCGUGGACAGAUAGAAUUUUGUGGAAACAUAAAUCUAGACCAGGAUUUAAUCAUUUAGAUGGUAAAGUUGAUUCUGAGACUGACGUCGAUGGGAAAAAUGAUGAAAUUGAUAAGAGUUGUAGGCAACUUAUAUACGGGAGAGCUGAAUUGAAGAGUUCUGAUCAUAGACCCGUAUACGCUAUAUUCGAUACCGAAACCCGUCUAUUUAACCCCGAUUUAUUUGAAUCCAAGCUAGAUUCCAUAGUUAACGCGGCCGGUCCUUUAGAUAGAUCCGUUAGAAUUUAUUUGCAUAUUUUGAGAAACAAAAUGGAAAUGAAUAAAAAUGCAGAUAGAAAACCUCCACUACUAAAGGUUGAAUUUACUCAUGAAGAUUUUAGCGAUGAAGAUUUGAACGGUAUUUAUCAAAAUCUGUACGAUAGUUUAACUAACAAUGCCGGUGAAAUCGUGUGGCUUAGAUUCGACCAAGCUCCGCUUUCCUCAUCACUACCUUCUAGUUUCCUCCUUAAUCUUCCGCCUGGUCUGUAUUACGCCUACGGCCUAACCUGCACCUUCGUCAAAGGCUACGCUGCCGUUUAUGCCUCGCAACGUUUGAAUCUCACUAAUUUAUUAUCUACUUCCGGCGUUGUUGAGCUGGUUGUUAGGAUAAGAUAUGAUGAAAUUAACGCGUCAAUUCACCAGAUUGUAGAAACCUCAAAAGAAGUAAGGGAGGUACAAAACCAUGGUCUCUGGCGAGAGAUUUCAAAAGGUGAACUAGUCGCUUUGAAAAAUGCUAAUUGCUUCAUGAGAGAAUACGAAGACGCAAAAAUUAAUCAGCAAAGCUUUAUGGAAGACGAUAUAGUGCUACAACAUGCUGAAGUCAUUGAUAAUGAUAUAGGCCUUGAACUAGAUACUGAUACCAAUUUCGGUAACGUUAAUUCUCGUGGUUCUAAUCAAAAUAUUUCAACUAUUAAAGAAGAUAUAUUAGUAAAAUCAUCCGCACUGCAAUACACUUCUUUAUACGACGAUAUGAAUAUAAAGCAUGAGAAUAUUUGGUUUGAAAAUAUGUUCAAAAACAAGUUAAAGUUACCGCCAAACAGACCCCCUCCACCAAAAUUUUUCCAAAGUUUAGAUAAUGGUAAAUCCGUUGAACCUCCACCAUUAUUAGAUAUUGAUUUUGAUUCCAACUCAUUUAACAUUAACCAUAGUAUUAUACCCCAAAAUGAUAACUAUUCCUCAAAUACCUCAACAUUUUUUGAUAAUCAUCACCAUUCACCAAAUUCAUCGGAUUUUUAUUCUCUCGCCGAUAGCCACAUAAAUAGUGAAGACAUUUUUUCUUCCAGCAAUAAUAAAAUUGGGAGUGAGAUCGCAAAACAAUUCAACAUUCCUUCUUACACAGAUAAAUUUAAUGGGUUUCCCCACAAUUUCAUUGACGUCGUCAAUCAUCAGCAAAUCACCACAGAGCUAAAUGAUGAAAAGUGUAUUCAUGCUCACCAAAAUAAUGAUAACACAGAAAAAUCUCGCUUUUAUUGGAAUAAAAACACUGAGGCACAAAUUAACACUUUUGACAAUAUAUUAUAUUCACAGAAUAUAGAUAAAUUUUCUAACCAUGAUACUAAUAUUGUACCUAAAUCCAAAUUUUACCAAAAUAUUACCAAUGAUAACGAACUUAAGAAUCUCAAAAAUUUACCUCCCUUACCGCCGGGUCGGACUAAAUUUGGUCCGCCAAAACUAUGAGAUAAAAUAUUUAUUUCGCUUUAAACAAAUAUAUAUUUUAAAAAAAUAAAUGAUCUUCCAAAAUAUACAAACAUUGAUAAUAAUAUUUUUAAUUUCUUCUUUUUUUUUAUACUCACAACUAAUCAUGUAAAUAUUUUAUUGGUGUCUAUUUAAAACAAAACAAUAUUUAUACCGUUUUUAAUAAAACCUGUUGUCAAAUUUUUUUUAUAAUAAUAAUAUAGCAUAAAUAAUAUAUUUAAUUUGCAGCUCAAUUUCAUAUUCCAUAAUAAAAUAGAUUUAAUUCCGAGUAAAAAUAGAUGCUGAGAUGAAUAUAAUUUAGUGUUAUGCUGCAUUCCAUAAAUCACAACAAAAUAGUCAUAUUUUAUUUGUCUAAUUAUUAUUUAUAAAGCCAUAAUUAUUUGGGUCCCUAAUAUUCUAACUAUUGAAAAAAAAUAAUAAGUGCAAAUGAUUCUGAACUGAUAUUUUUUUCGUGUAACUAUUACUUUUUAUCAGAAUUAAUCUCAGUAUUUUUUCAAUAAUAGAGGCAGAAAAUACUGCGAGCCUCCAAUUAUAUUAAAUUUUAAAUAAAUUAGCAAUAAAAAGAUAUUUAUAGGGAUAUCAUAUUUAUCAUCAUAUUUUGAAUAGAUAAUAAUAUAACUAUUCUGCUACUUUUUGCAAAAGUCUUUUACGAUUAUU